UGGAUUUAUGAAAUCAAAAGAUGAAGUCCAAUACAUAUGAGCUGCACAACUAUGCGGACUUGGAGAUCAAGGAUACCAGCACAAGGAAACGCAAGGCCAGCAGUGGCAGAGAGGAGAAGUAUUCGCUGCGUCAAAAGAAACAAAAGAAGAAUGCAGGAGGAUUAAUGGAUACACAACGUGACGGAUUUCAUACAGAAGAAGAUGAAGCAGAUCUUGCAACGACAGUGAAAACCAAGAGAAAUUCCUCAACAAAAAAAUCCAAGACGAAAGCAAAAGCCCCGCCAUUGAGUAAAUAUAGACGUAAGACAGCCAAUGCGAGAGAACGAUCACGCAUGAAGGAGAUAAACCAAGCCUUCGAAACACUAAGAAAUUCUGUACCCCAAGCCAUUACCGGAGAGGAUCCAACCAGUGCCAAUGAGAAACUAACCAAAAUCACAACAUUACGCAUGGCAAUGAAGUAUAUUAAUAUGCUAAACGAAUGCCUAGAAGAUCCUAGUUAUGAGAAUGAUUUCAUUGUCGAAUGCUUGGAGGAGAGUGCGCGAAGAGAGAGUGAACCGAUGAGAUUAGCGGAAGAAAAUCCCAUUGAGGAAGAUCUGAAGUCGUCACAAGCUGUUCAGCAGCCGCAGAAGAAAAACAGUAAGGCGAAAUCUGCAGGAGCAGCAUCUAAGAAGACAUCAGUAACAUCCACAUCCUCAACAUCGGCGGCAAACAAAAGACCAUCGAAAGCCUCCAAGGCGAAGCAGGCGAUUCAACAGACACAGCUAAAAACUAAUGCAAGCAGUUCAACGGAAUCCUGUUAUGCCUCAUCAUCGAUUGGCUCUCCGCCAUUCAUUUCUUCACCCUCAUCGUCAUCAUCUCCGCAUACGACAGCCGCCUGUUCGCCUAGUUCAGCCUAUGCCUCGCUCUCAUCAUCCGCCUCUUGCCACGGCGAACUCGAAACGGAAAGUCUCUUUAGUAGUCUUCAGGCAAUAAGUGAUCUUAAUACUCUACUCCUUGAAUCGGAGGACGGCGAGUCCUUGUCACAUCCCUGCUUCAGUCCCAGCUAUCCAAGCUUAUUGUCUGUUUUACCCUCACGCGGUGAUAUGACCAUGUCUUCCCAUGCUCUGGACAAGCCAGAUGUUGAAUUGAGUUUACGUCUGCUGGAUCAAUCGACCAGCGAUUCCUUUGACUUCUCCAAUGGUAAUCAACAGCCAUCCGCCUGCAUUAGCCCAUUGGCCACAUUGGCGGAUACAUUUCAUCCCUUUGCCGAUCUGCUACAUGGAGAUUUGUCCGAUAUGUUUCUAACGUGAUAAGAGACUAGUUUAUUUAUUAAUUAAUAUUAUUAUUAAUUUUUGUUACUCUUUGUCUUUAAGUUUAACUUAGUGUUUAAUGAAUGCUCAACCUAACCUCACUCUAGUUGUAAUUUACAAUCAAAACAACAACAAAACCUACAACGGAAUUCAUUGUGUCAUAAAACCAACAACAACAAAAAACCAGAACUGUCCAUCAUCAUAUUGUAUAUUCAAACUAUAAAUAUGUUUCAUUCGAUUACUAUCUACACUUUACUGUAAAGCAUUUUCCACCUAUGGGAAAAAUU